GAGAAUCUUGAAUAGGCGAAGGCAAAACCUGAAUAGGCGAAGGCAAAACUUCGCUACGGCCCAGACGAAGAGAACAAAUAACUGUGGGUCUUCGUUAGUGUAUAUCUUGCUGAAGCCGCGGGUGAUGAUUCCCCAGCCCAACCCGCCUGGGUGCGGAUCCACCAACUGCCGAAGGUAGACAGCUUUGACCGGUGUUCGCCUUCCAACAACACCUUCGACGAUGCCCUUCCAAAACAUCGCCGCGUUGUGGCCAUUUGCCUCGGGAUGGCUACUGUCGCCGGAGCUUGGCCAACCGGUUUCUGCGACGGCGACCGGAAGAGUGUGAUAACCUGACUUGUUCAAGACCUCGACGACGCCGCUGAGCAUGAGAUCGAACAGGCUGUUAUAGCGCUUGGCUAGCGGAUCCGAAGCGGAGAAGGUGUGAUUGCCUUGCGAUUGGGAAAGGGCGAAAGGCAGUGGAUAGGCGUAGGUUUUGUAGUACUCGUACACAUCCAGCUUGACGAGGAGAGGAGAGCCGCUGUGGUUGAGGAACCGAAGCAAAGGUCCAAGGAACGGCGGCGGAUCGAUCACGUCUCCAAAGCUCACCGUGACGGAAAUUGCCGAUUCAACUUUGAGCAGCCUCGUCGCUUCCUGUACGUUCUUCACCGCCUCCAUCAACACCUGAGAUUCAGCAGCUUUUGGUUCUUCUCCCACGGAGAUGGUGGAUACGGCAGCUGAGGACAAGAUCGGUCCAAGAAUCUCCACCACCGCUGCAGAAGAAUUGCCGGCUAGCUUAGCCAGCAAUUCAUUCGGCAAGCUCACCAGUACUGAGAUUCCACUCUUCUCAAACUCUUGAAGGAGGUCCGGUGUGGCGUCGUGGAGACGUAGCCUUGCUGCGCCGAAGUUGAGGUUUCGGACCGCCGCUGCAAUCACCGGCGCGCUCGGACGAAUCGGAGGCGGAAGCGGCGACGGAAAGAAGCCGUUGGAGUUGGAGUCGAAGGUGACUCCCAGCGAAGCCUGCGCCUCCUGGAACCUCCAUUGGUCGUAGAGAGUGAUGAUUGUAGACACACGGUAGGCCAGAGCGAGAACUGCAAUGGAGAGCAAGUAAGUACUUCAUAGCUUUGUGGUGGUGAGGGGGGAAGAGGCAAGGAGGAGGGAAAGAUUUCUAAGAAGAGAGAAUUCUUGAAUUGAGCAUUCGUUUGGUGUGGGGGGUGGGGAAUGUUUGUUACUGGUAAGAGGCCUUUUAUAGCCACCGGCGGCAAGACCCUGACAGCUGGAGAGGAAAGUUUCGUUGCCUUGAGGAAUGUAGCUAGGAUUUGCCAAGGCAGCAUUUACGGGAAAUCGUCUCUGAGUUCCUUCUCACAAGCAUCAUAAGUGCAUGCGCCAAUGCUAGUUUCCUUCUUCUCGGCAAGCAGAUACAUGCUCACAUACUCAUCACAGGGCCUAAAACUAAACCAGGUUUGCAAUUGCCUGUGAUUGAAUAAUGCACUGCUCACUUUAUAUUCAAAAUGUGCUAAGCUUGGUGAUGUCCUCCGACUCAUGGAAUGCGAUGUUGUCAAGCUACGUCAAUAGUGGACGCAUGAAUGAAGCUAGUGGACUCUUGAAUGAAGCUAAGGAAAUCUUCCAGGAGAUGCCAGAAAAGAACCUUCUGACAUGGGCUGUGAUGAUAGCAUAGCAGCAGGGUUAGCACAGAAUGGACUUGGUGAAGAGAGUUUGAAGCUAUUCAACCAGAUGAAACUACAGGGUUUUCAACCAUGUGAUUAUGCGUUUGCUGGAGCUAUUACUUCAUGUGCUGCACUUGAAUCGUUGAAGUCUGGACUGGACGCCAGCUCCAUUCUCAACUCAUCCUGUUCGUUUUUUUAGUGUAGCCUUUUCUGCGGGAAAUGCACUGAUUACCAUGUGUGGAAGAUGUGGCGUUGUAGGGGAUGCGCGGAAUCUAUUCUCACCAUGCCGUUUGUAGAUUCAGCAUGGAAUGCGAUGAUUGCUUACCUGAUCGCAUCACCUUCCUGACAGUUCUCUCUGCUUGCAGCCACGCGGGUUAGUCGGGGAAGGGCAUCGAUACUCUUACGCAAUGCACCAUCUUUUAUGGCAUUACCCCAGGCGAGGAUCAUUAUGGCCGUAUGGUUGAUUUGCUCUGCCGAGAUGGAAAGUUCUCAGAAGCAAACGAUAUGAUAGAAAAAAAUGCCCUUUCAGCCCGGCCCACAGAUAUGGAAAGCUUUCCGUGCAGGUUGUCGGAAUCAUGGGAACAUGGAAUUGGGAAUCCAAGCUGCUGAACGGCUCUUUUAGAUGAUCCCUUAAAACGACGCAACCUAUAUCCUUCUGUAUAAUAUGUAUUCUGCAAAGGGGCUUUGGGAUAAUGUGUCGAGAGUUAGGAAGCUGAUGAGAGACCAAGGGGUGGAAAAGGAGCCUGCAUGUAGCUUGGUUGAAGCUGAAAACAAGUUCCAUGUAUUCUUGGUCGAUGACACUGCACAUCCUGAAGUUAAUGCUGUCUACAGUUAUCUCAAGCAGCUUGGCUUUGAAAUGGGGAAAUCAGGGUACGUGCCGGACACAAGAACUAUCAUUUCACAUGGACCAGUCUGGAACCAGUGUCAGUCGAGCCAUUGGAGAAACAUGCCCAAUCUGCAGCAUGAAGUUGAUCAGAACUCUGUUUCACUUGCAAUUCAGUGACAAGCUCUAGCAACUGCAGUUCUAGGAACAUGGACUCCAGGACUGGAGGGUGACUUCACUAGAGUUGGAUAGUUUUAUGUUUUUCUCCUUUAGAACUCACCAAAGCAGCACUGGAACUGCAUCUGCUUACCGAUGAGGGUACUGUUGCUGAAUUUGAAGGAAUCCAUAUGCAGUGUCAGGUGGUUGAAAGCCGCCUCUUUUUGCCGAGUACCAAGGGUUCGAUGAACUCGUUUGUUUAGGCUGGUGAGCUUAAGGGGAGCUGGUGGUUCAGUGGAAUCAGAUGAUUGGUCGUUUUGUUCGGUUAUUUUUGUGCAUGGUGCUUGCUGUAUAGGUGUUUUAGCGUUCUGCAAAUGUGACGUUCCUUGGUGAAGUUUGUUGUGCAUAUUUUCCAUUCAUUUUACACCUGGUAUUAGCAAAUAGUUUUUGAUCAGACACUAACUACUGAAGCCAUAGCAUGCAAAAUGGCUCAAGUAGAGACAAGAAGAGGAUUCCUCGUAUCCCAGAACUCUCGGAGAUUCUUUUCGAUAUAUAUUUGGAUGAUAUCGAUAAAAAGCUUGCUAUGGAAUUACCCUACUUGCAGUUUGCGCGCUAUCAUGAUGAAAUAAUAUAUGCAACAUAUGAUGGGGAUAAAGAGAAUUGCUUUGAAGAAAUUGAUAAUAGAAUUAUUGAAAUUAGCGAAGAAUGCAAAUUAUGGCCUACUCGCGUAGAGCCUGGUGAUCUAGAAUGCG